AUGUCUUCCAAGCGCGAUCUUCUGUCGACAAGACCUGGUGAAGCACUCAAACUUCGAUCAUCAGCAGAGAGAAAAUUUAGGCUCGUCUUGUCAGUUGCAAUAGUCGCCAUCUUGGUCGCCGUGUUUUAUACGUUGCUCCGCACCUCUCUUUUCAUUCUCGCACAGCAGACAACUGUUUUUCGGGUCGUAAACCGCAUUCAGUCCAAGUGGCGACCUCCCUACCUGGAUAUUUGGACCUUAACGGCACAGUCAAACUUAUCGCAGCUGAGUCAGGAGUUUUCUGAUGCUCAUGAGAUGCACCCUCAAAUUGCUGAAGAGCAGCAUGAUUACGCUGGAAACAAAAUGGUACUCGUUUUGGACUUCUGGGAAAGGAUGAUUAAUGUGCAAUCAGGUCUUAGAAGACUGGUCCAAAUUGGUGUUGACUCUGGAUUCUCGGUAGUUGAACCGUUCGUCUAUGAGUCCAAAGUCUCUUUGAAAUACGCGUUUCCAGAACACUUCAUGGACCGCAACUUGACCCCUCAAACGGCAGCCCUCUAUUUCAAGACGGAUGACCUGUACAUCACAAACAGAUAUAUCUCGCACAAGCAGUUCAGAGAUAAGAUUCUGCUCCGUCCCAAGAAUCGAGGGAGCUUGGUACAAGGAAGCACAGUACCACCGCAAGAGGAUAGAGAUAUGCCUCCUCAAUAUCUCAUUCAGGCCAUUGUGUUCAUCAAUUGGAACAAAAGAAAGCCCAGCAACGACACCCACCCAGGCAACAGCCGUCGACCCUUCUACUGGUGUGACCACAAAAUGAAGAACGUGCGUUUGCGCAAGUCGUCAUACGGACACUUGGUAAGCAGAGACAUUCAUGUUCAGCGUGCGCUCUGCUUGUCUUCGAUUGCAACGGUGGCUCCCGCUCGCUUUGGGCCGCGACUUUUUCAGGAGAUGUUUUCCUUUGUGAAGAAUGGGACAACGCAUUUUCCACGGCGAUGUGAAAGAUGCGUGACUUUGGCUUUCACGAAUUAUAGAAAACAUGCAUUCACUGGUUUUGUGUCCCACACGGGAGCUAUGCCUUUCAAGCAAAAGACUCCGCCCCUCGAAGUUGGGUCUGUCCCGCAAGCGCUGGCGGGGAGGAUCCGAAAAGAAUUGCUCAGAGAUAGGCCUUACCUCGCGCUACAACUGAGGACUGGAAAGCCUUUUGUUCUCCUCGAUCGAUACGAGAGAGACCUUGUGUCCAAAGGCGUGAAUAUUACUAGGCAUGACUCAUUUAAAUCGUGGCUUGGAAAUUGCACUAGAAAGUUGGUUGCCAAGGCGCGAGACGGGGCAAAAGAACUGGGGCCCCGUGCAGUCUUUUAUAUUGCUUCGGACAUGUACAAUGAUGGUUGGAAGGGCGGCGAGAUGUGCCCUCAAACCGUGAGAGAAGCACUGAAUAAGGCCAAAUCCUUCUUGGACAAGGAACUAAAGCACGUCAGCUGGUUCAAUCCAGUUGAUUUCGGAAUCAAGCAAGACGCGAUGGGUAUUUCAGGUUUGGCAGACGCCGCCAUGUGCCUGAAAGCGGAUCGCUUCAUGUAUGCAGUGCCUUCCAAUUUCGGGCGAUGGGUUCAUGAGCAGAGGGCACCCAAGAACCAAGCUUCAGGUACAACGAGGGUGGAUUGUAGAGAUCCAAGGUUUGUUGGAGAAUAG